AUGUCUCCUGCAAUUAGAAUGAUGAGCACGACAACACUCUUUAUUCAAAUCAUUACAUUUUUUCUCUUUACCGCCACUGUCUUAUCAUCAUCCCCUCCCAGUGGCUUCAGCAUCGACUUAUUCCAACGUCGCUCAAAUUCAUCUUCUUCUCGAGUCUCUAAUACUCAGCUCGGAUCAUCUCCUUACGCCGAUACCGAAUUUGAAAACUUCGUCUAUCUUAUGAAUUUACAAAUCGGUACGCCUCCUAUCGAGAUCGAAGCUAUCUUAGACACAGGAAGCGAAAUCACGUGGACAAACUGUUUUCCUUGUAACGACUGCAUUAUACCAUUCAGCCCUUUAAGCUCCUCGACCUACAAAGAGAAAAUAUGCGAUGACAAUCCUUGUCCGUAUGAGAUAAACUACGAAGACAAAACCUAUUCAAGAGGAACAUAUGCAACCGAGACUAUCAGGCUCCAAUCAACUUCAGGGAAACCCUAUACAAUGCCUGAAACUACCAUUGGAUGUUCCCACAACUCGUCAGCAGAUUUUAAAAAACCAUCCCCUUCGGGGGUUGUUGGUCUAAACUGGGGACCUUUAUCACUUCUCUCUCAAAUGGGUGAAGACAUGUUAGGUCUCAUGUCUUACUGUUUUUCUGGUAAGGGAACUAGUAAGCUCAACUUCGGAAGUAAUGCUAUUGUGUCAGGAGAUGGAACUGUAUCAGCUAAUUUGUUUAGGAAGCUUGAGCAUCCCAACAAUUAUUACCUAAACCUAGACGCUGUCAGCGUUGGGAAGACGCGCAUUGAAACACUGGGGACACCGCUUCACGCCUCAGACGGGAACAUUAUUAUUGACUCUGGAACAACUUUGACUUACUUGCCCGAGAGCUACUGCAAAAAAGUGAGAACGGCAGUGGAAAAGGUUGUGAAAGCGGAACGAGUAGCUUCCCCAGGCUACCAGCUUUGCUACAGAACCAAAAACAUGGAUUUAUUUCCAGUGAUAAAAAUGCAUUUCCAAGGUGGUGCGGAUCUUUUUCUGGAUAAAUUCAAUACGUAUAUGACCAAUGGAGAAGUCACUUGUCUGAUGAUUGUUGGUGAUCGAUUAACACCAAUUUUCGGUAACAGAGCGCAAAACAAUUUUUUGGUUGGGUAUGAUCCUUCUUCACAAUUGGUUUCUUUUAAACCCACUAAUUGUUCAGCUUUGUGGAGUUAG